ACCCAGAGAAUUUGUGGAAAUUUAGCUGUACAAUACAGAAUAGACUACGACACUGAAAAACCAAUCACGUUGUAACUCGAGCAUCUAUAAUCUGCAUAAAUUUUGGAUCUGACAUUCGUGGGUUGGUUGAAAAGUUGAUUUCAAAUCUAAUAUUGAACAUUGAAGACUAAACUCUGAAAUAAAGUUGAGAUCAUCGGAAAGAAGCCACUGCGAGCAAGCGAAAAAAACUCUUGAGAAAAAACGUUUGAGAAUUUUUAGCAGCAGCUUUUCAACAAAUUCCCUAAAUCAUGCAUUUGUACAUACAGGAAGUGCACCCCCAACGACAUUUGAGGAUUGAAUAAUACCAGAGAAAACUGCAUAUAUAUUUAUACAACCAACCAGUCUAAACCACUAUUCACUGUCUGCCACAUAACGGAAAUAUUGCCAAGAUUUAUCCAAUAUUCAGCGUUUGACUACUCGACGCCACGUUGUGCUGUAUAUUUUACUUUGGUGAUUCCUUGGACGGACAAACCAAAAUUGUAGAAAACCGCAAUUUAGUUUGUGAAGAAUUCAAUACUCGGCUGGAAUGAUUGUCUUGAUUCAUAUUUUACUGUUUAUGAGAUCGGCUCGUUCUGCUGAGGAUGAGCGGAAGGAUUUAUCAUCCCCAGAAGCGUCGUUUACGUUCUUUUUCUAGCUCUUUCACUGCAUUCAAAUCAGUGAUCAGAUUUUAAGCACCUACAUGACAAUCCAUUCGAUGGGGUUGAAGAAAAUCUAAAACUGACGACAAAGUCCAAAAUUCAAGGAGAGUGUGUGUAGAUACAUAUGUCCUCGUUAUUGAGAUUUGAGGUUUGUGUCAUUAAUGUGCUGUGUUGUUGUUGAUAGUGCAUUUUUACCAUCGAAAAAAGAGUUUAUCAACCGUGAAUUUCUUAUGUGCGAUGAAAUGGAUGGACUGAUGCAAGGAUUUGAGAGGGACGCUUAUUAGAAUUUAGCAAAGUGCAAAUGCGCACGAGAGAUAGUCAGAUGUCAAUAUAAAUUAAAUAAUAUGGAUCAUAAAUUGGCACCAAAAAUGGAAGUAGGAUCAGAUCAAGGGUCGGAUCAAGUUGCCAAUUAUUUGUCCUCCCGACAGAGCGGUGACACCAUUGUUGUCGAAGAAAGCUUUAAUGAUAAAUUGACUCCGCUUCUCGACCUGGUAAAUAAUAUCAGUGGCAACGCAUACCACGAAUGUCAGCAAAACGAAGCCAACUCCAGGUCAUUGGAUGACGGGUUUUCUCGUCAGCAAGGUUUCAGUCAACGUCACAUGGAAUCAUUGGAAGACGAGGGGGGGCAGCAGAUGGAAAUGGAAAUCCGAAUCCAAGGAGCAGAAAACGGAGAUUAUGGCGACUUUCAGUUCUUUCACCACAAACUUUCACUACAACAGCAUUUAGGACACAAUGAAUUUUCUGGCGUCAGCUCCUUUGGAUUACAGAAUGGUAGUGCUGAGGAAUGUGAUGAUAAUGGAACUGGCAGCAGUUUUUCUGAAAACCCGUUUGUUUUUCCCGAUAAUGUGAUGGAGUACGGUGAACCACAGUUUUUCCCUGGCAGCUGUGUAACUGGGUAUCUAGAGACGAUACUGGAGGAAACGGAUGAAGAGUUCGACGAGGAGGAGGGGUGCUCAGGUCGUCAUUGGUGGAAUGCUAAUGACAGCGAUACUGACACAGACUCCGUGAUCAGAGUUGACAAUCAGGUGCAACAACACCACAACCACUCCCAAUUGUGCAACAACAAUAACAAUCAGUCAGUCUCAUCAGUCGUCCCAUCCGUAACCACAAACUCCAAGCUAAAGUCUGUCGACAAUGUUGAAGAUUUAUCUGUCCAAUCCACCUUUCGCUCCUCGGCAAGCUCAAGGCCUUUUGAGCUCGAGGAUUUGCAUCUCUUGGACCAACUUGAUCUCGCAUUUGAGGAGACGUUGAUGGAACCCAGACGCAGGUCAGGAUUUGCAGCAUUUGGCCACCAAUUACAUUUGCUUGACCAACCUCUAGAGAAACAUGUCAAACUAUUUCAUCACGAUUAUGAAAAUGACGAUGGCCGAGCAGCAUUUCUCAGGGACGGAGUUGUUCUUAAAAGAUCUGCAAGUCACGACGGUGAAAGGACAGUAUUCUCCAGCGAGGAUGAUUUCAUAGUGCCCCAGAGAAAGGAGAAAGUGGUUAGUGAAAAAGUUGAGAAUAACUCGGUGAGCAGUAGUGGUGACAGGGACAGCAAAAAAGACGGUGGUGGUGAAAGCGAGUUGCCCUUGGGUAACGUCGUAAGUAAAGAAACAUUUGGGUCGUCGUUGUCACCAUCUUCAUCCGACUCCUCAGAACCGCAUGAAGUAGCAGAAGAGGAUUUCUUUUACUCUUCACCUGGAUCUGAAGAGGACGAGGAGGAGGAAGUUAGCUCAUCAGAUGACUCGGAGAAAGCAGAAUCUGGAGGAGUUGUCCUAGCAGAAUUUUCCCUAGCUGGAAGUGGAACUGGGGGAGGAAAUAAUAACUCAUUUAGCUCUGGGAUGCUGUUUGGAAGUGGAAGAAAUCGUCGGUCUUUGGAGUCCACAACUUCAUCUUCUGCCAGCUCCUCAAAGCUCAAGUCCUUUCGCAGUUUUGAUAGUCUCAACGCCCUUUCAGGUACUGAACUCCUGUUCUCAAAAGCAGACACAUUCCCUUCGUUCCAUUACAUUAAGGAAGAUAUAGAACCCGGUGGUGGUGGUGGCGGCGGCGGCUCUUCUGGACCCGAUUGCAAUCUUACUUCCUGUUCCACAAAUGAUGUUCCGGGCGUCAGCUGCCCUGAAAGAGGUGGCGAAGAGGAGUCCCAGUCCCUUCCAUCUCAUCACUCUUCUCCUUGUUAUGGGCCAGGGUUCCCACCGACAUUCCAUAUCACAAAGACAACCCCCUCUCACUCUUCAUCGUCUACGUCGACAGCCUCAUCCAGUUCCACGUCCACCACAUCUGGAAUUGUACAUUCAUCCGAGAAUUUGUCAGAAGAUAGUGGUAUUGGACCCGAAGGGACAUUGGCUGGAAGUCGUCGUCAUCCCAUCAAACGGAGCAGUGAGAGCUUUUCUGACGAACCUGAGCAGCAAGAAGAUGGAGGCGAAGAAAGUGCCAAAGCAUACAUUGCCAAAUCUGAAUUCGCCCUGAAUCCAUUAGUAUUCUCAUCUCUCUCCUCGUCCUCAGAUGCUGGGAGUAAUAGUCCAAGCAUAAACAGCAUCCCGAGUUUAAAUAAUAACGAAUCAUCGUCAGUGGUGGAUUUCUCGGGGAAGUUAAAGGAAGAAUUAAAGGGAAAUCAGGGAUGCGUGACGAAUGGAGAAAGUGUCGUGACUGCACAACCUGCGCCCCACCACAACUAUUAUGCGGAGAAGGACGUCGGAGUAGUGAGAGGCGGAGCGGAGAAUGUUACAGAUGAGAUUGGAACCAUUACACAUAACUCUUUAUCCAAUUUUCAUCAGGGCAAAGUGGAUGCGAGUGAUUCUCUUCAAAUUGAAAGUCCACAGCCACAACCAAGUAAUCAUAAGGCAGGGCCGGGUGCUUUUGCUGCAAGUAUUCCAUUUGAGACGAAAUUGCUCAUUUCCAUCAAUGACCAGCCGACCAAACCCGCAGCAGCAUCUUCGCUUUCAUCCAAUUUCUCCACCUUUGAAUGUAAUUGUUCCUCCAAGACCAAACAGGAAUGUGGACUCCACCCGUAUUCAACAUCAUCAGAUACUACGGCGGAUUUGCGAAACUUCACCACCAAAGUAGUAGCAGGAACAGGAGGGAAAGCUGACGAAGCGAAAGAUUGCUGCACGCUAUCUCCUACUACUGGUAGUUCUAGUUCUGGUAGUUCUGCCGAACUCGUCGGCAUCAUCCCUGAUAGAGAUUCAGAUAGCCUCAAUUCCUUGAACUACCACGUCACUCCUCAAUCCGCCAGCUUAACGAAUUCUUGCGUAAAAAUUGACACCAACCUCGAUCAACGUAAUUCUAAGGUGGCUGAAACGAAACCAUUAUUAUCAUUCCCAUCAGCAAUUGAAAAAAACGACUCAACUCAGCACGAGAGCACUAGAAAUCGCACAAACAACUGUCCUUCUUUGGCGACAGAAUCCCAUAUUUCACUCCAUCGUAAGAACAACAAUGGUGUAGAUGCAGAAUCAAGAACCUUGAUGAAUAACUCUCAAAACCAAGAUAGAAGAGUGGGUGGUGGUUCUGUGGUGCAUUGUCAAGUGCCUUAUUCGUCAGAAAUGGAAAUAAGAGAAGGGGUGCCAGACGAAGAGUGUACUACAAAUAGUUUUCCACCUCCGCAUGAUUACUUAUUGCCAUCAUCAUCCAUAUGUCAAGGUGGAGGUUCGAUAGAGAUGUUGUCGUCGUCGUCUCAUCGUCAACAAAGUAAUGACAUGAAAGAUGGUGCGGAUCAUGUUUCUAGCUCAGCAGUGGAUCCACCCACAAGCAAAAUAACUCGUCCUAUUCAAAGGCAACGAAGCCAGAGUGAAAGUGAGUUUGAGUGUGUGGAAUGUGCCGUUGAAUUGGAUAGCUUUGUGAACUCGGAACCCACAACAAAGCGUCAAAGCAGCAGCAUCUCAUCUCCCCCCACAACGCGUGAACCCAUUUGUGGUGAUACUGCUGGUGGUAACUUGGCAAUAAAUGGGGAAAGUGGGCCAGUGUCAACCUUGAUGCAAAGUUUUGAGCAGAAUGGAAUGCAGCACCAGCAGCAGCUUCAUGAGGAUGGGCAAAAAAAUAUUGUUGAUGUUGCGAACAUGAGGUCUGCUGCUCCCCAUAAACUUUUUACUUCACCUUUGCUAUCCUCCCAUGAUGGUGGUGAUGCUCAUGCUGGUCAGAAGGACCAUGUUCAUGCUAAUGGCACAAGUGGUGGCAGUAAUUCAAUUGAACCCACUUAUUGGCCAGCACAAGUUGGGGAGACGAGUUGUGCUGGCAUUAAAAACGCAAAAAUUUCAUUACAUCAUCCCAGAAGUGAUCUGUUGGAGCAAGAUCAUGCUCAUCCAACCAAUAAUAACGUUAAUGGUGAGCAGAAGAGUGAGAUAGCAGCAAAGCUACCACCACCACAAAACGAGGCAGUGGGCCAGCAGAUUGAGAUAAAACCUUCAAGAUCAGUUAACUCGGAAUAUUCCUCAAGUACGGAUGUUGUCCAUCAGCCAACAGUAGACAAAGUGAAUAAAAGUGAAUGUGGAGUUGACAAACAUAAACAUUCAUCGUCGUCAUCAGCAUCAGUUAUUGGUCGUAUUCGUGAGGGAUCAUCGGAUAAUCACGCGGGGUUAGUUGGAGCAGUAAAACCUAUCCACCCUAUGCACAUAGGUGUGGCAGACGUAAAAAAGUUUAGUCAAUUAGAUUCGUCCGCAGCACCAGCACCAGUAUUUCAUCUCUCUCAUCAAGCAGUAGGAGAAUCCGAAUCCGAAUCGGAGAACAAGAAGAGGCAUUCUGGUGGUAAAACAGAAGAGGGGUCUAUUUUAGGGCAGUCUAAUUUUGGAUUUUUUGGACGUUCUUCCCACCCGAAAUUUCUCGCAUCUCUCAAUUCUGCUAAGAAGCAGGAGAGUUUGGAACGGUUCGGAACGGAAUCAGUUCGCUUGCCUUCUUCUUCUUUCCAAUCCAUUCACAGCACAACUGAUUCAUCAGAGUUACCAUCCUACGGCUUCCCAUCUUCGCAUUCUCAUUUUACAACUCAUCGUCCCAACCCCAACAACGCUGGCAGCAUAACACAACUUGACUACGAAGAAGGGGACAAGAACCACGAAAUAACAGAAGAAGAAACAACCCAUAAUAAUACUACUACGAGAUACGACCGAGCAUCAGGGCAUUUGCAUCUGGAAGAUAUCACGUGUGGAAAUCACCCAGACCAAUUCACUAUUUCAUUGGGUCUUCACUCCCUUGGGUCCGUAGCUGUUGCUCCUUCGCUACCCUCUAAACGCCUCGUCUUUCUCAAUGAAAGAGAUUCCCUUCCCAGUGGUAUAGGAACCUCCAUUGCUACAACUCCAGCUUCUCCACUAUCCAUACCGAAUAAUAAGGUUUUUACCAAAGACGGAUUUAGUAAAAGGACGAGUUCGAAUAGUAAUCCUCUUAAUGGAGACGACGUUGUUGCAGACGACGACUCGACAAAUAGUUGCCCCGUUUCUUCUUCCCAUCACCCUCCUGAUGUACUAGGAGUAAGAAAAACAGAAUCUUCGUCUUCUUUUUCUCCAGGAAGUGGGGAGGUUGACAGGACUGAAAAAGGUGCUAAGCAUAUCGCAAUGGAAGUCGACGCCGGUCGUGGUGGUGAUAGACAAAGCCCAUCAGGAGGAAUCCCAAUUAAGACGAGAACAUAUGGACCCCGAAACGAAGUUGAAGUUGUUCAUAUGAGUCGAAACUCUCGAACGCCAAGUCCUGCCCCCGUACCCGGCACAAACUUUCCUCUGAGCUCCAGUCUCAAACAAACUACUCAGCCCGUGACAUCGUCUUCUUCUUUUGGUGGCGAAGACUGGAACGACGGCGACCAGCAGAGUGGUGGUGCGACUAGUGAGACAAUUUCCAGUUCUUGCCCGGAACCACCGGUGAAAGCUCCGAGAACUCGGGUUCAUUUUAGCCCGGUGGUCUCAGAAAUCAGCUGGAGAGAGAGUUAUAUCGAUCAAGGCUCCGAAUUUUCUGGCUCCACCGAAGACAUUGUAUUUGCAGCACAACAACAACAACAAUUGCAAACUGGUCGUGCGGAAAGUGGGAUAGUGUCACCCUCCUUGCUCAGCAGUGCUGCUAGUAAUAGUGAAAGUGUUGGGAACGUUGUCAAUGUGAACAGUUUAGUGAGACCUCUGGAAAUGACGGACACGGUGCAUAAUAAUAAAAAUAGUCCAACAGUGGGAGAUAAUCCUUUCCGGCAACAACGCCAACCUUCACCCGGAAGGGGUCCUCCCAUUCUGGUGGAGAAAGUGCAAAUGCGAUCAUCCUUUCUCCAAGGUGGAGAUGAUGAUGAUGAUGAAGAAGAUGAUGACGAUUUGGAACGUAAGUUGACCCUUGCCUUGCACACACAACAACCAAAUAGAGCACGUUCCCCAGUGGACGAGGACCAUUUGGAUGGAGAUUUUAUAAUGGACGACGGACCAAGGAAAGAAGGUAUGCAUUUCACUAGUGCGUCUUCCCACACAACAAACCAACUGGAUAAUAACGGGGUGCUGGAUUUGUACGAAGAUGUCAGUGUGGCCAUAGAGCCACAGACAAAUAGUACCUUGUCUAUGAUGCCAGAUUUGCUUAGUCAGUGUGAAAAUGCAGCCCACGCACAAACACAUAUUGACGUGUGCAUAGAAGAAAGUGGUGCACAAGUUAAUUAUCCAUCAGGAAAGCCCCCACUGAAGCCAAAACCACAAAGAAAAUCUCAUUCGCCGACACCCCAGCCUGUCCACUUUUCGUCUUCUUCUUUUGAGAUACCUCCUCCACCCGUAGGAAUGGAUGAAGGUCUGCAACAACGACAACCCCAACAACAAAUAUUUCCCAAAAUGUUUGCCGAUGAUUCGAACGGGACCACCUUUGGUAAAUUUGGAAGCAGCAAAAGUGACAGCAAGAACAAUUCAUCUUCCUCAUUAAACAAGAAAAAAUCAUCCAAAGGAUUUGGUUUGGGCAAAAAGAGCGUUUCGGGGGGAGAUUUACAAAAAGAGCAACGAGAUAACAAGGAGGCAAGUAGUACCAGUAACAAGGAGAAAGAGACUGAUGCUUCGAAGGAGAACAAGACUGGUAGCGGCAAAGGCAACAAACCAGGAUUUUUCGAGCGUCUGUCAAAAAUUAGGCUUAGCGGAAGCAAACCGAAAAAGCAAAAGGUUCAUCCCAAAAUGGAUGAGGCAGUAGUGCAACCGCUAAAGGCUCAGAAUGCUGUCAAUUUUAAUGGCAGUUCUUCCAACAACGGAACAAAGUCCUCCACUUCGUCAGCUCAACAACCCAAUAAAACGAUGCCCACACAACCCAUUCUUAAAAAGUCCAGUCAGCCGUCUACCACUCCAGUCAUACUAAAUUAUACGCCGAGCAGUGACUUUGAUAAUGAGCCGGAUGAGUCACACGCAGCAUUUGAAAACAUUCUUGACGAAAUUGCCGGAAUCAAAAACAUUCAGAUGCGAAUGGACAAAUCAUCCUCCAGCACUCCAGAGAAACGCCACGUCUCAUCACCACCACCACCAAAAGAAAUGAGGAGUUUUGCGAAACGAAAGCAAUUCUACAGCAGUGGUGCCACUACAACUGAAUCGUCAACUCCAUCUCCACCAGUGAGUCCGAAUGGAAGGAGUAUGUCAGACUUGGACAGGAAAUUAAGUCAGUUUAAAGAGGAGACGUCCAAGAACAGGGUCAUAAUUUCUAAAUCCCAUCCAGACUUGGAACUGAUUGAAGAUAUGGUGCGACAACAGUCAGCUUCACCUGAACAAAAGAUAGUGGUGACCGUUGAUUCUUCUCUUUCUUCGCCCAAGCAGUCGAAAUCACCAGAAAAGCCAGAGUCCAAGAAAUCCCCGAAAAAAUCCCACAUGUCAGAAACAGGGCAAAAGAAUGAACGGGAGUGGUACAAACUACUCAAGUCCGCAGCCGAGAAAUAUUAUUAUCGUGGGUCCAACAAGGACAAGGAUGACAGUAAAGAAAAGGACACGACCAAGUCAUUCACACUGCCACGCACGGGGAUUGUUGAAACGGAUUUAGACACUGGAACAAGUCGGGAGAUAGAGAUGUUGGACGCUGAAUUGGUGGAACAUGGCAGAAAAUUGCCAAUGUUCACCGCUUCCACGUCGGACAUAACUUACGGCACCCACACGGGCCCCUUGACCACGAUGGCGUCCUCCUCCCCUGGAAGUUCUUCCACCACGACCAAGGCUCGAAGUCUCACCAACCUCUCCACUCGACUCCCUCUUUCCAUCGCACCCUCCUCCUCAGCAAACUACGACGACGACGACGACGUGGACCAUUUGGCCCAAAGGGAACUCAACGAGUUUGACGAACGAGCUAAAUCUUACGAAUUCCUGCUUGAUGACAAUCAAAAAAGCUUCUCUGUUCCUCCGGAAAAUAAACUACGAACUGAAGCACGUCAGCUUUCUGAACAUGAAUUGAGGAUUCAGAGAUCACUUCAACGAAUAGAUGUACCGGAAUGGUAUAAAAAACACGAAGCAGCGAGCACAAAUUCUCGAACAUCUACUCCAGACCGACCAUCUUCAGGGCAAGAUCUGGAAAAAUCUGGAGGAACGUUAAAACUUUUAAACCGAAGGUCUGAAUUUGGAAGUUCUGGAGGAUUGGCAGGCGGGUGGGCUGGGCUUUCGGCGUUUAAAGCACCGUCUCUGUCAAGUUUGCAGAAUGCAAAUGGUGGCCGUUAUUCUGGGUCACUAAAUCGUUCAAACUUCAUUCGUGGACGCCCUGUCACGAUGAGCGCCACACGACUCUCUAGGGAAUCAUUGACUGGAUCCGGAUCUGCCAGUCACAGCCCAUCUGCUUAUGAUCGCUGUUCCUUUACGUAUGGAAUGCCAUAUGCAAUGACACGAUUUGGUCAAGGUCGAAUGAGCAAUAAUUCGGGCACCGCUACUCCCACGUCAAUUUCAGAAUCCAACGCCUCUGCGAAUCCCUCCUAUGUGAAGAAGCCCUAUUUAGGAUGGCGUUCUCAGGAAAGACUGAACGCUGCUUCUGCUACUGCUGGAGGCACUACGAGCGAUGGGGCCCCCAAAUUAUCUGUUUAUCUUCCACCCGAAGAGAGAUUGGCAGCGGACUUGCUGCGAACUAGGAUUCCAAUUAGGCCUCCAAUUAGCGACAGACCUCCACUUCCACGGCCACCACCAAGAUCUGAAAAAACUUCUCUGUCCAAUACUCCCCAACAAUCUGGAAAUCAAACUCGGGCAGCCGGACACACCACGAAUGCGAAUUCAAUCCCUCCUCCAAAUUUUUAUGACACUCCACAACAAUCAUCUUCCUCUUCUUCAUCAUUCAUACUUGGCCAUGGAAGAAGCUCCAACGUUCAUGACUCAAUCCGAGAAGUUACCAACGCCAUCAAUCAAUACGUUGCCAAAGGGGAACAGGCGCCGAAACCACAACCACGAAGAAAGUCUCCUGGAAGACAAGCAAUUUGGAUGGAGUCUUCCUUCGUUGGGAGCAAGCCAGCCAACAACAAAUAAUAAUAAUACUUUUUUCUAUUUUUUUUCUAGAUUUUAUUAUGACGCAAAGCAUACAAACUAACUUUCUCUCGAAAUUAUUAGGACACAAAACAGUCAUCAAAUAUUUAUAUUUUUGUACAACCAAGAUAUAUGAACAGUUAAGAUGUACACUAACGAAAAUGUUGGCCCUUUUGAGCAGCUUUCAAAUUACUCAGAUGCAGAUACGUAUGCAUAUAGUUGCAUACAUAUGUACUGCAAAUUGCAAAUGAGCAAACUUGUUUUUAUUUUAUUAUAAAAUAGUGUAUAAAAAUUGUUGAUUAUUCGAACUCGUUUAUUGUUAAAAAUAAUAUAUUGCUUAAUUACUGUUUUUCAAUUUUCUUCGACAUGCAAGAAUAAUUUAUUCUAAUUUGUAAAUAGGUAUAUAUUGUUACAAGUGUUAUAUUAUGACUAUUAACAAUCAAUCGUUAUUAUGCUAAUAUUUGUUGAUAAUAAAAUGACUUUCUCGGUAUAAAAUGA